AUGCUGGCCACAAGACCACUGCUACUACGGACAACGCCGACACUACGUCUGCAGACAACACAAAGGAGACUCUUCUCCCCGUCAGCAGUCUCGCCACUUCAGCCUAGCCACCCAGCACUCCUCGCAGCAACGAGACCAAAUGAGGUGGUAGCGUCCAUCGCUCUCAUCGGCGCUGGUCUCAUCGGAGCCGGCAUCACUGCUCGCUACCUUCUCCCUUCCUCAGGCGCAAAAGCCCCUGGCGGCAAGUGGGUCAAGGGUGGAUUCCAGAACAAGAUGGACAAGAGCGAGGCUGCUCAGAUUCUAGGAUUGAGGGAAACGGCAUUGACAAAGCAAAGGAUCAAGGAGGCACAUAGGAGAAUGAUGAUUGCCAAUCAUCCGGAUAGGGGAGGAGCACCAUACUUGGCUAGUAAGGUUAAUGAAGCAAAGGACCUACUGGAGAAGAUCACUCCGAGAUGA